AUGGCGUCAGUGGGAGUGGGAGUGGUCGCCGACAGCGCAGCGCCACUGCUCGUCGCCGCCGUCGUCGCCGUCUUCCUGGUCGGCACGCUGGUCAGGAGGCAUGGCGGGAAUGCCAAGCACGGCCGCCUCCCCCCGAGCCCCGUGGCGCUGCCGCUCAUCGGCCACCUCCACCUGAUCCGCGAGCCCCCGCACCGCGCGUUCCACCGCAUCCUCGCCCGCCACGGCCCGCUCGUCUACCUCCGCCUCGGCCCCUCCACGCACUGCGUCGUCGUCGGCUCCGCCGACGCCGCCCGCGACGUGCUCAAGUUCGAGGGCAGCAUCCCGGAGCGGCCGCAGACGGCCGUCACGCGGCAGCUCGCCUACGGCUCCUCCGGCUUCGCCUUCGCGCCCUACGGCCCGCACUGGCGCUUCAUGAAGCGCCUCUGCAUGUCCGAGCUGCUCGGCCCGCGCACCAUCGACCUGCUCCGCCCCGUCCGCGCCGCCGAGCUCGCCGGCGUCAUGGGCGCGGCCGCCGCGGCGGCCGCGAGCGGCGAGGCGCUGGACGUGAGCGCGCAGCUCAUCCGGCUGUCGAACAACUCCAUGAUGCGGAUGGUCGCCAGCGCGCUGCCUGGCGACAUGGCCGACCUGGCCCGCGACUGCGCCAAGCAGGUGGCCGAGCUGGUCGGCGCCUUCAACCUCGAGGACUACGUCGCGCUGUUCCGCGGCUGGGACCUGCAGGGGCUGUCCCGGCGGACCCGCGGCGUGCACGCCCGGUUCGACGCGCUGCUCGAGUCCAUCAUCCGGGCCAAGGAGAAGGAGUGGCGCGACGGUGCCGACGGGGGCAAGACCAAGGACCUGCUCGACAUCCUCAUGGACGCCGCCGCGGACCCGGCCGCCGAGGUCAAGCUCACCCGAGACAACAUCAAGGCCUUAGUCCUCGACAUCUUCACGGCCGGGUCGGACACGACGGCGACGACCGUGGAGUGGAUGCUGGCGGAGCUGCUGACGCACCCGGACUGCAUGCAGAAGCUGCGGGCGGAGCUGGACGCCGUGGUGGGGAGGUCCCGGGUGGUGGGCGAGCCGGACGUGGCGCAGAUGCCGUACCUGCAGGCGGUGCUCAAGGAGACGCUGCGGCUGCGCCCGCCGGCGGUGAUCGCGCACCGGGAGGCGGUGGAGCCGAUCCGGGUGCGCGGCUACACCAUCCCGGCCGGGACGUCCGUCUUCUUCAAUAUCUACUCCAUCGGGCGCGACGCGGCGUGGUGGGAGCACCCGCUGGAGUUCCGGCCGGAGCGGUUCAUGCCGGGCGGGGCCGGCGAGGGCGUGGACCCCAAGGGGCAGCGCCCGCAGCUGAUGCCGUUCGGGAGCGGGCGGCGCGCGUGCCCCGGCAUGGGCAUGGCCCUGCUGGCCGUGCCGGCGUUCCUGGCGGCCCUGGUGCAGUGCUUCGACUGGGAGGUGCCCGCCCCGCCGCUGGACAUGGAGGAGGGGGAGGGGCUCGUCAUCCCGAGGAAGCAGCCGCUCCUGCUCCGGCCCACGCUGCGCCUCGGCCAUCUGCCCCUGCCCUAG